CUCUCAUUUUAUUCCACCUCCGAUUAUAAGUGGUUCUGUGACAACCAAGGGAACGUGACAAGUUCACAGUUGCCCUACGUCUACGAACAUUCUCACUGAUAUCAGAAAAAGUCAUAUUAUUGGCCUAAGAAGGUAAUCAGUCACAAUGAACCUAAAGUCCUGAGAGCACGUCACUCACCUGCAUCACGUAAGUUUUUUGUGAUGGCUCCAAAGCAUGUCGGAACACUUUAACUAAACAACAAACGAAGUCACUCUAUAUGCGUAUCAACCGAAAGCCUGGUUCCGUAUUUUGUACAUUGUUUUUAUGAAAAUACUUUUGUUUUUUUAAUUUGCGGUGAAUAAAUUUGUCGAAGUUUAUGAAAACUUCAGUUCCAGAUGCGGUUCAUUUAAACACUGUACGUUACGUAGAACUGUCGACAAAUUUUCCCCAAAUACACGACGUAAGGGGGAAAAAGCGACAUUUCCCCUAAAUAACCGACGUAAAGGCGAAAAAGCGACAUUUCCCCUUUAUUUCCCCUUUCGUCCGCUUUAUUUCCCCUUUUUUCCCCUUUAUUUCCCCUUUUUGUGUUGCUUGGGUUUGCAAGUAAUCCUAGGUUUGAAAUCUGGAGCAUGACCAAGAAAGAUGUUAAAGGUGAUAAAAUUGUGGCACAUUUUCUGACAUUCAUUGGGAGAGAAGCGUACAGCUUAUUAAAAACUUUGGCAUAUCCAGAAAAACCUAUCUCACUCCCUUAUGCAACUCUUAAAGAGCUAUUAUUAAGUCAUGUCAAAUGCACCAGUUUUGAAUGCCGUGAAAGGGCGAAGUUUCAUAAGAUAGUUCGUCAAAAUGACCAAAAGGCUCGGGAAUUCAUCCUUGAAUUACAGAAACAAGCUGCCAAGUGUAAUUUCGGUGAUCAACUUCAUGUGCAACUGAGAGAUCGAUUAAUUGCAGGAAUUAACAUACCGAGUUUGGAAAGAGAGCUGUUAAGAAUGCCAAACUUUUCCUUUCAAGAUGCUAGAACUGCAUGUAUUAACUACGAAGCAGUGAAUGAACUUGAUAUCCAGUCGAUGAAGAUUUCUAAUACUUUAAAGUAUUCGGCGGAUAUUUAGGCGAAAAUGCGACAAUUCGGCGGAUAUUUAGGCGAUAAGUCAGUAAUUUGUCGACAAAAAGGCGAAAAAGGGGAAAAUCCGCAUUAUUUCCCCCGGACAGGCGAAAAAGGCGACAUUCUGAUGCGUUUUCCCCUUUAUUUCCCCUUUCGCUACGAAGCAGUGAAUGAACUUGAUAUCCAGUCGAUGAAGAUUUCUGUUACUUUGCUUAGUCGUCGUGAUGAACUACAAUCUCAGGGUCAAUCAAACUUGCGUUCAUUUAACAGUGAUUCCUAUUCUCGUGUAAAUAUGAAAGGUGUUCCAACGAGGAAUUACAAAGCAAAUCACAAAGGUGAGAUGAAGUUUGGUAAAUGUUUAUCAUGUGGAAAGUUUCAUGCUCGCAAUUCAUGUGUAUUUCGUAAUGCUAAAUGUUUUAAAUGUGGUAAGGUAGGACACAUUCAGUCAGUAUGCAAAGCUACUGUCCAUUUUGCUUCGAGCUGUACUAAAUCUUGUAAUUUAAAUUUUAAUAAUUCGGAUGUUUCUAGUGAUCAUUUGUCUUUGUCCAUUAUUUCGAAAGGUAAUGCUCAUAUUCAGAAGCGACUAUAUACAUCGCUUGGUUCAUUUCAUGACUUUAUUCUGGACACAAGCAGUAUAGAGUCCAUUAUUUCAUUCAAGAACUUGAAAUUUUUAGAUCCUAACGUUGUUGUACGACCCACUGAAGUAUCAAUACUGGGGAUUACUGGACACAGACUGCCCAUACGAGAAUGUUGUGAAUUGCUAAUCAGAGAUGAUAAUUCUUCAUACAUAUCUUGUGAAUUUUUAGUUAGCGAAACAGGACUGUCAAUAUUGGGUUUAAAGAAUUUGAAAAGGCUUAAGGUGAAGUUGUCCUUCUUAGUUUCUAAAGAAAAUUCUGAUACUUUACUUAAAGAUUUGAUAGCUAUGUGUGCUAAGUGCAGUGGAGGUAUGAAAAUUAAGCCUAUAAAACUUCAAGUACAGGGUGAUCCCGUCUUUUAUAAAAGACGAAUAAUUCCUUAUGGUCUUCGAGAAGCAGUACAUAAGACAUUAAACGAUUUGUGUGUGAAGGGCAUAAUUGAACCAAUUCAGUCUUCAGCAUGGGGUACUCCUAUCGUUACGCCACUGAAGUCGGACGGCAAGACCCCUAGAAUUUGUGACUAUAGAUUAACUCUGAACUCCCGUUUAUUGAAGCAAACGUGCACGACGGUAGAAGCUGAAGAUAUUCUAAAUCGACUUCAUGGUUCUAAAGUGUUCUCGAAAGUUGACCUAAAAGAUGCUUAUUUUCAAAUUCCUUUAGAUGAAUCUUCAUCUAUUUUGACGACAAUUAACGCUACUUUUGGUCUGUUCAAAUACAAUUUCCUUCCAUUCGGUCUAAGUUGUUCUCCAUAUUUCAGGAAGUUAUGAAUAAAGUAGUUAGUGAUCUUCAAGGUGUUGAAAUUUAUCAAGAUGAUCUCAUUGUUCAUGGUUCUGAUAAGGUAGUUCAUGACCAGAGACUUAUUGCUUUGUUGCGUCGUUUAAUUGAGAAGAAUAUUACAGUGAAUCCAAAUAAGUGUUCAUUUUGUGUAUCUAGUUUUGAAUGCCUUGGAUACCUAGUUGAUGGUAAUGGUUUUAGACCAGAUAUGAAACGACUAGCUCCACUGACUAAUGCACCGUCUCCGAAAAAUCUUACAGAAUUACGUUCACUAGUGGGUGCUCUUCAAUACUAUUCCCGUUUUAUUCCUAAUUUUUCUUGUCGUGCGAAUUGUUUAUUUAAUAUUUUAACAUCCAAUUCAUUCAAAUGGAGUGAGGAACAAGAGUCAUGCUUACGAAGUUUACUAAAGUUUCUUCAAAGAGAUGCUGUUCUUAGAACGUACUCCCCUAAUGCAUAUUCUGUGCUUAUCACUGAUGCAUCACCUGUGGGAAUUGGUGCAGUUUUGGAACAGGAAGGUAGACCAGUUAUUUGUGUUUCACGCAGACUUACUGUUACUGAACAAGGAUAUUCAGAGACUCAGCGGGAAGCAUUAGCUGUGUUUUGGGCUGUUAAAAGACUUCACAAAUAUUUAUUCGGAAAGAAAUUCACUAUUGUUACUGAUCAUGAAGCUUUAAAGUUUAUUUAUCAUCCCGAAAAAUCCUUAGCACGUUCCUCAGCAGCUAUGGUUCAGCGAUGGAGUAUUGCUUUGAGUGCAUAUGACUAUACGGUUCAGCACAGAAGUGCCAAGCAGAUUCAACAUGUUGAUUACAUUUCUCGACAGUCAUUACAAGAUAAACCUAAUAAUACUUCGGAUUGUUUGUUAGUGCAACCUUUACCAGUGAGACGUUCAGAUCUCAUUAGAGAAACGCGUAGAUAUUUUGGAUGUAUACUCAGUGCUAUAAGGAAAGGUUGGAAUGCUAAUUUGAAACGUAGAUUUCCUAUCUAUUUUUCAAAGCGGGUUGAGCUAUCUACUACUCCUGACGGUAUUCUGUGUUUAAAUGAUCGUGUUGUCAUUCCUCCUUCAUUGCGUAAAUCUGUUCUUGAAGAUCUUCAUAGUGGUCAUUUAGGUGUUGAGAAAAUGAAGUCCUUGGCAAGACUCACAUGCUGGUGGCCAGAGAUAAAUGCAGAUAUAUGUCGUACGGCAAACAAUUGUGAGAAAUGUCAUCAGUUGAAAAAUCAUCCUUCGAAGUGGGUGCCAUGGCCAGUAUCGUCUGAGACCUGGCAGAGGAUUCAUGCUGACUAUUGUGGACCGUUUCUUGGUAAAUACUACGCACUAGUAGUCAUUGAUUCUUUUUCAAAGUGGCCUGAAGUUUUUUUUACAACUUCAAAUUCUGAUUUCACAAUACAAGCAUUAAGAAAGGUGUUUAGUCGAGAAGGGGUUCCCAUGGUGUUGGUGACUGAUAAUGGCUCAGAUGCUGCAGAUGCAGUCACUACCUGGUUGAACGGUAUAGGGUGCAAACAUCUAUUUACUGCUCCCAGACAUCCGUGUUCUAAUGGUCAGGCAGAGAAUUUUGUUAGGACAUUAAAGACUGCUAUUGAUUCUAUAGCCCCCUCAACAUUUAAUGAGCUGGAGAGGGGAGUAGAUACCUUUCUAUUGCAAUAUAGAAAUGCCAGACAUUCGGUGACGAAGGAGACUCCAACGAAGCUACUGAAAAGAAGAAUUCUUCGGUCAAGUAUGAGAUAUUUGGAGUCUGCAGAAGUUACAUACUGUCGAGGAAAUGAUCUUCGACCAUCAACGGGUAUUGUUCUGAAGAAUGUCGGAAAAUCGAUGGUGCGAAUUCUAGACAUCGAUGACUUAGGUACACACAGUCGACAUGUAGAUCAAAUACAAUUUCAGGAACCAGGUGAGUCAGUUCCAAUUUCGAUUGUUAAUUCUAAUGCUAAUGAGCAUAUUCUAGAUAAUAUAGAAUCCUUAUCCAAUACAAUGUCAGACAGACUCAGGAUGAAUUUGAGAAGAAGACGAACGAUUGAUUACAAACACCUAGACUCCAAUUUAAGCUGUGGCGGAUGUGGUGUUUGAAUGAACUAAUGAUACCUUGGUACUUGUUGAAUGUUUGAUUUCGAAUUCUAAAUACAGUAAAUUCGUUG